AUGGAGACCUCGGCGAUCUCUCCGCGCUCUCUCGGCGCUCCGACCAAUUUCAGGUCGCAGAGAGAGCGCGGCGAGAGCGUCAAAAUUAAUGGGGGUAUUGACGACCACACAGUGAAUCUGAAAGUUCCUCCUGUCGGCUUGUGGCCGCUGAACAGGGAACAUGGCUUACAAGACAUCAGCGGAAAUGGUAACCAUGGAAACGGCGUGGGCGUGUCCUUCACAUCCGGUGUGUACGGCGAGCGGGAAGGAGCCGCCAUGUUUACUGACGGGUCGUACGUCGAAUUCGACCUCGAAGUCAUGAUGAAGACCGAAAACUCCAUGACUAUACUGGCCUUUGUGUACCCGACCGGCACUGCUGGGCCUGUAGUUCAAAUCCUAACCGAAGGGAGAGGCGUGCGUUUUGGACAAAGGGAUUCUAGCGCUUUGUUUAUGAGUCUGGACAAAGGUGAUGGCACGCGCCUAGCGGAUCUGUCGGCACGACAUGCCCUGACCCUGAACUCCUGGAAUUUCAUCGGCGCCACUUACAGCUUCUCCUCGGGGGCGGUUCAGCUGUGGCACGGCGGCCUGCAGGUGGCGAGUACGGUGGCGGGGAGGGCGGAGCUGGCCGUGGGCGGGACUGUGCGAGUGGGGUUCACGGACGAAGUUGGUGGUUCCUUCCAUGGGAAAGUAGCUUGUGUUCACAUGUAUGACGUAGGCCUCAACCAAGAACAGAUUGAAAGAGCAGAGUCGAAAUGUACAGGUGGAAAUAUCGCCCUGGGCAAAACAGCCUCCCUGAGCAGCUCCUGGCCCGGCCUGCCUGCCAGUCUCGCAGUGGACGGUUACACCAGCAGUGUAGUCACGCCCUCUGGCGAUUGUGUGCAUACCGACAGAGAGGCAGACCCAUGGUUCAAGGUGGACCUGGGAGGGAACUACCCUGUCGGGAGAGUUCGCAUCUAUGGUCGAGGAGAUUGCUGCGGGGAGCAUCUGACAUUUCCACCCCCUCUGUCCGCUGACAACUACGCCUCCAUGCGGCUGAAAGGGAACGACACCCUUGACGAGUUUACCCUCUGCUUCCGCCUCCGUACGGAUGCUGGUGUCUCUGGAACGAUCAUCAGUUACGCCACUUCUGAGCAGAGCAAUGAGAUUCUGUUGUACGCCAUCAACCAGCAAACAACACACCAUCUCUUCAUCAACAGUCGCUAUGCUACAAAGCUUGACCUUGGCGUCCUCGAUGGCGAGUGGCAUCACGUGUGCAUCACGUGGACAAGUGGGCGUGGCUUGUGGAACAUCUACGUUGACGGACAGGUGAAAGAGAACGGGACGCGGAUGGUCGUGGGACAUCGUGUCCCGACGAACGGCAUCAUGGUCCUGGGACAGGACCAGGACAGUCUGGGAGGGGGCUUCCAGAAGUUUCAGGCAUACACGGGUGACCUGUCGGGGGUGAACAUGUGGUCCAAGGUGCUUUCUCCAGCAGAAGUUAAUGACGUCAUGGCCGGGUGCCAGCAGGGGGAUGUGAUUGGCUGGAGGCUUGAUGAGUGGCAGGUGGGCGGGGCGGUACAAUCGUCGCCAUACAGAUGCGAUGAUCUGCUCACUACACUCCAAGUAAACGUAGGUGAACAUUUCGACAUGACAGAAAAUCCGGAGUGUGGACGGACGAACAAUGACCUAAGACUUGCAGAACACGGUCACGUCAUCACCAUCGACUGUCAAGAGCCAAUCAUUGGCCGUUACGUCACUGUCCAGUUGGUAGGGAGAAUUGACUUCCUAACGCUGUGCGAAGUUGAAGUCUUCACCGCCACAGAGGCGAGGAACUCCGGUUGGAUACCUGCCAACCCGUCCUGGCCGAUCGACUCCUCAGGAACGCCGUAUUUUGACGGCGUGAGAGUUUUUGACGCCGCCAAGGUGUUUGACGAAAACACAACGACGUUUUGGAACCCCAUCAACUUACCCUUCAUGUACGAUAGUUGGAACAUAGUCCUCGACAUGCAGCAAUCCUAUUGGUUGUACAAAAUCCGCGUCAUAGCCCCUGUGGAACAAACUGAUCUCGAGGAACACCAUUAUCCGACUUCUUGUGAACUUCUCGUGUCGAAUGACGUGGCUGAAGGCGAUUGGUCCACGGUCGGAACGUUCAGCAUGUCGGGAAGGCAGACCCGGGCACACGGCGGUUUUGUCGCGUACAGUCGGUACUGGAAACUUCUCAUCACCUCAACCGAGUCAGGAUUCCAGCCGUACAUUGCAGAGGUUCAACUUUACGGCAAUACAGGUGAAUAG